AUGUUAUCAGCUGCUCUGUUGAUGAUAUUGAUGAUAACUUGGCCACUUGUGGCAACAGCGGAUUUGUUCACAUCAAUCGCGGACAUGGAAUUACUUCUUGAAACAGAAAAAGAAUUGCCAGAAAUAUUAGAAUCUUACAUCGAACGAUUUGAGCAACGUUUAGAUGCACUCAAACAGCUUUGGAAACGAAAAAAGCAGCGUGUCAGCAGUAAAUUAGAAGAUAGCAUGCGAAUGAUCACUAAUCCAAUCAGCGCCUAUUUAUUUAUCAAAGAAAUGAUUGAAGAAAGGGAUGAUAUAAAGCGGUUAGCAAGUAAUGAUGUUGGUGAUGAAUUAUUAAAUGAAAUUUCCGAGGUUCAAGCCAUGAAUAAUGCAAAAAAUCCAGCCAUGGAAGACUUGACUGGAGCUUCGAUGGCACUUUUGCGAUUGCAAGAUACAUAUCGACUGGAUGUCAAGGAAAUGGCUAAUGGCAAAAUCUUGAAUGUUUCGAUCUCUCAAUCACUAACCGCUCGUGACUGCUUUGAUAUUGGGCGCGCAGCAUACAGUGCGGAUGAUCAUUACCAUACAAUAAUGUGGAUGCAAGAAGCAUUAGAACGAUUACAAGAUGAAUUGCCUAAUAGUACUGUAAAUGUUUCUGAGAUAUUGGAAUAUUUGGCAUUUUCAAUGUUCAAACAAGAUAAUCUGAAAAGAGCACUUAUACUCACCGAUAAACUACUUAAAAUUAGUCCAGAUCAUCCUCGAGCCAAAAAUAACAUCCAGUGGUAUGAAGAUCUGUUAGCGAAAGAUGGCAUAAAAGCAGAUAAUUACCGACGAAAUAUUCCACCAAUAAAUAAUCGCAGACCAAGUAGUGGUUUAGAUGCUGCUGAAAGUGAAAUGUAUGAAGCGUUAUGUAGAAAUGAAGUUCCUGUGAGUGUGAAAGAAACUUCGAAAUUGUAUUGCUAUUAUAAAAUGGAUCGUCCGUUCUUGCGUUUAGCUCCCUUCAAAAUUGAAAUUUUGAGAUUUAGUCCACUUGCUGUGUUAUUUCGAGGUGUAAUCACAGAUGACGAAGUAGAAUUAAUUCAGUUUCUAGCAAAGCCGAAGUUGCGAAGAGCUACUGUUCAGAAUUCAGUUACUGGUGAACUUGAGACAGCUUCAUAUAGAAUAAGUAAAAGGUUAAUUAUUAUGAACUUAUUAAAAGCUAUCUGUUCAAUGAAUAUUUAUUCAAAAUUAUUGAAAAAAAUUGUUUCUGGUAGUAAGUCAUUAUUGAAGUAUUUAUAUCAUCAGUUCUUUUUUAUUAGUGCGUGGCUGAAAGAUGACGAACAUGAGAUUAUACGUCGAAUCAAUAGGCGUAUUGGUUUAAUGACUAAUUUAGAGCAAGAAACUUCGGAAGAUUUGCAGGUUGGAAAUUAUGGUAUUGGUGGGCAUUACGAUCCUCAUUUUGACUUUGCGCGGAAAGAAGAAGUAAAUGCUUUUCAAUCACUGAAUACUGGAAAUCGUUUGGCGACAGUUUUAUUUUAUAUGACGCAGCCUGAAUCAGGUGGCGCGACUGUAUUCACACACGUGAGAACAACAGUUUUACCCUCAAAAAACGACGCUUUGUUUUGGUACAAUUUAUUGCGUAGUGGGGAAGGUGAUUUUAGAACUCGUCAUGCUGCUUGUCCCGUAUUGACUGGUGUUAAAUGGGUUUCUAACAAAUGGAUUCAUGAACGUGGUCAAGAGUUCCAUAGGCCUUGUGGCUUGCAACGCUCUAUUCAGGAUAGAUUUGUUGGUGAUCUUGGAGGUCAUAUACCAAGAAACCACUGGAAUAUAAGAGCAGAUUGA